UCCAGCUUUACUAAACGCACGUGUUUUCAGUGCGGUGCGAAGUUUGCAGCAUUAAAGUGAAUAAUCUUGAAAUUUUGGAGUAAAUAAAUUCCCGAUUGGAGUAUAUCUACUACGAUAGAUAGAAACAGUCGCCUUGCAAGUGUUGUGUGCAGAAAUUAUAACGACAUUCAACACACAUAAUGGGUAGACCAGGUUUCUCUCCCCGUGGUGGUGGCGGUCCCCGAGGGCGCGGAGGUUCUGGUGACGGUGGUGGCCGAGGACGCGGAGGCUUUGGUGACAGAGGUGGCGGCCGAGGACGCGGAGGCUUUGGUGAUGGUGGUAGCCGAGGCCGCGGCGGCGGUGGUUCACGCGGAGGAUUCGGUGCCCGUGGUGGCAGCCGUGGAGGCCCGCGUGGACGUGGUGGCCGUGGAGCUAGUCGUGGAGGAGGAAAACCCGGAGGUUUCAAGGGUGGCAAAUCCGUGAUCAUUGAGCCUCAUCGUCACACUGGUAUUUUCAUUGCCCGCGGAAAGGAAGACGCGCUGGUUACGCUAAAUCUGGUUCCGGGAUCUGAAGUCUACGGCGAGAAGCGUAUCUCCGUUGACACUGAUGGGGACAAGAAGGAGUACCGUGUCUGGAAUCCGUUCCGUUCCAAGUUGGCGGCCGCCGUUCUGGGAGGAGUCGAUAAAAUUCACAUGCCACCUGGUUCCAAGGUUCUGUAUCUUGGUGCUGCUUCCGGAACGACUGUGUCACACGUGUCAGACGUUGUCGGCCCAGAGGGACUCGUGUAUGCGGUGGAGUUUUCGCAUCGGUCCGGUCGUGACUUGCUAAACGUUGCCAAGAAACGUACCAACAUUAUUCCAAUCAUCGAAGACGCUCGUCAUCCCCACAAGUAUCGGAUGCUGGUCGGACUGGUCGAUACGAUAUUCGCCGACGUCGCACAGCCGGAUCAGGCCCGUAUCGUCGCCCUGAAUGCACACAACUUCCUCAAGAAUGGAGGCCACUUUGUCAUUUCGAUUAAGGCUUCCUGUAUCGAUUCGACUGCCGCACCAGAAGCUGUGUUUGCUGCAGAGGUGAAGAAGUUGCAGUCGGAAAAACUGAAACCACAAGAACAGAUUACCCUGGAACCGUACGAACGAGACCACGCCGUUGUAGUGGGCACAUACCGCGCUUUACCAAAAGCUGCAGCGUAACUACCACGUUUCGGUCGUGCUUUCACCUAGGGAAUAAGUUUUUUUUCUCCACAUUUCAAGAAGUAGCGCAGGUGGACUGCAAGCCCUUUAAAUACUAUGUAAUGUUAAUACAUAAGAGAACAGAGAAA